AUGGCCGACUCAAUUCAUAUUCCAAUUGCCCAAUAUUUCCAGCUGGUUGAUCCUCAAAACCUAGAUCUCCCACCAGACAAUGUUCUCAUCCGCCCCGAGGUCCAGGAAGCAUUAUACAAGCACAUGUUUGACGAAUCCUUGACCCCACUUCCACCAGCGACAUAUCGGGCCCGCCUUUUGAAAUUGCUUGUUGCGCGCAUUGAAGGCGCGAUCACGGAUCCUGAGGAAGAUGAAAUCCUCGAUGAAAUAAUGGAAGCAUGGGGAAAUCUCCUCGCCCAGCCGAAACUCAGUGCUCUGGAAAUAGCAAAGGAACUAUCCCAUGUCAAAUACACCGCUCCACUCCAAUCACAGUCCCCCUCAGACCGAACAGUCAUAGUUGUCGAAUCGCGCGGACUGAUCCUCUCGGGCGGAACAACCGGUAACAGGACAUGGGAAGCAGCGCUCCAUCUAGGUUCCUUCCUUGCGUCCCCGGCAGGUCAAGAAAUCGUGCAGGGACAAAGGGUUAUCGAGCUCGGCGCUGGGACAGGUUUCCUGUCGCUGUUAUGCGCGCGCCAUCUUGGUGUCCAGGGCGUUGUUGCGACGGAUCGAGAGCCCUUUUUGAUUGACAAUAUGAAGGAGUGUGUGCGAUUGAAUUCCGGUGCCGAGGGCAAGGCGAUUCCCAUGUACCCUGCCAUUUGGGACUGGGGGACGCCUUUGGAGGGGGUCGAAGGGAUGAGCGAGGAGAUGGUUGAAGGUGGUAAGCCGAGGUUUGAUGUUGCUCUUGGUGCGGAUUUGACCUACGAUGUGGAUAUUAUUCCACUGCUUUUAUCGACUGCGCGGGAUCUCUUUGACAAUUAUCAAGUUAGGAAGUUUAUUCUUUCUGCGACUUUGCGGAAUGAGGCUACGUUUCAAGCUUUCUUGACUCAGUGUGAAUCAUUUGGUUUCAAUGCCGAACGUCUGCCGUUCGAGUCUACACCGGCUGAUCAACAGACUGGCUUCUUCCAUGCCACUGAUAUCCCCAUCCGAACAUACGUAAUUUCACCGGUAUAA